UGACCCACCCUCGCGCGUGACGAGCGAUGACGUAGUCUAAAUACACGCUUCAAUGAAUGUUUGUCCUUUGGGGGUCAAACUCGCCGAGCCGGUUGUGGAGUAGGGCCACGUUCUGGGGUCACAGUCCUAUACUCUCUCAACUUUAUCUCCUGCAGCUUGUUUAUUAACCACGGCGACUGGCUGCAUAUUAACUUUAAGACGACUGGCGCCAAAAUUGAACGAGAAGCAGGUUCGACGAUCCGCCGUAAAGGUCACCUGAGCUACUCGGGAAAUGUCGGGCGAUUCCGGAACCAGCGUGGACGGGCCGAAGACUCCGCAGGGCGUGUUCUACUCCAGGGUGCCCCACCUGGUCAACUCUUCGGGACAGUACCUGUACUGCAAGUACUGGGAGCCACAGGGACAAGCACCAAGGGCACUGUUGAUGAUCGUUCACGGGGUAGCUGAACACUGUCAGAGAUAUGAGGAAAUCGCCACGGAGCUGAACAAAGAGGGAAUCCUGGUCUUUGCACACGACCACGUUGGACACGGACAGAGCCAGGGUUACCCUGCCGACAUCAAGAGUUUCCAUGAGUACGUCCAGGACGUGCUGCAGCACGCCGACAAGAUGCGAGGCGCGCAUCCCGGCAUCCCCAUCUUCAUCCUCGGACACUCCAUGGGAGGAACCGUUGCUACCCUGGCGGCCAUGGAACGGCCCACUAUGUUUGCAGGGGUGGUGUUAACGGCUCCGGCCAUCAUUCCCGCGCCAGAGACAGCAACUAGAUGGAGGGUGUUAGCCGCCAGGACGCUCGCCUCUAUCCUUCCGCGGUUUGAAGUGGGGACAGUGGAUACAAGUUUCGUCAGCCGGGACCCCGAAAUGGUGAAGGCGUACGAGGAGGACCCGCUGAUCUAUCACGGCGGGCUCCGCGCGCGCUGGGCGGUGCAGACCCUGGACGCCAUGGACCAGAUCCGGCGGCAGGCGGCCUCCUUCCAGCCGCCGUUCCUCGCCCUGCACGGCGACCAGGACAAGCUGUCCCUUCCCGAGGGGGCCCAGUUCCUGUACGACAAUGCACCGGAGGGGGAUAAACAGAUAAAGAUCUAUCCCGGCCUGUACCACGAGCUUCUGCGCGAGCUGAAGCCGGACGCCGAGAUGGUACGGCGGGACAUCGUGACUUGGGUGACGGAGCGGAUAGACAACACCGCCACAAGUUAACUAACUUCCCGUGCGUCAACGUAGGGCGCCCUGCAAUGGUACAUUGGGUAUUGCAGGAUCAAGAGCACCGUGACUCUACGAAAGGAGCUGCUGUAAGAUUGCGGUUGUGCAAAGUAUCCUAAACUGCAAUGUAUACUUGGUAUAUAUAUUUUAUGUACGCAUAUACAUAUUACUGCUAGAUGCACCAUUGUACUUACGUAAAGAACAUAUCUGUGCAGUCUUAUUAUAACUGUUAAGAACGUUAUGUCACGUGUAUAUUUGUAUUUAUCAGAUCGGAAUGGUAUACGGGCUGCUAUUAUUCUAUCACCUGGUGUUAGAAUCUAUAGAUCCAAAUAUUUGUGUCACACAGUGGUAUUACUUAGCGCUGAAUUACUGAUUGA